UCCGUUGCGUUUGUGAUUUUCCUGUUCGAGGACGGAAUGUUGGAAUGUGAACGGAUUCAAGAAGGCAGGCGACAGUUUGAAAACCCGCCGUGGACGUUUCAUCAUUCGGAAGAAAUGAAAAUACGAAAUAUAAAUCCAUACCCGUACAAUUCGCAGGAAUUUUAUUCAACGUCUGCGGAUCUGCCAUUAUGGGCGGUCCGACAAGUUCAUUACGGGAAAGAACAUUUGCGCGUGAUGUUGUUCGUGAGUGACGUCAACUGGUACGAUAUGUUGGGUUUCUAUAAAAUUAUAAUCGGACUCGAACCCGAGGUGCAGAGACACGAUUUUUGUUUAUACACUCUUUCGACCCACGGAAACUACGACGUGCAAUUCGCCCUCAAACGCCUAACUGGUGGCAUCCCUCCAAAACCUUUAAAUAAGAUACGAAUCGUCUUUAAAGUCGGCGAUGUGGGGCAGAUCGUACCAUUGUUUCCGAAUUCCAGCCAAGCGAUUUCCGAAACGGAAUGGUCUACCACGGAUCACGACGGGAAUCGUAUUGCGCUA